AUGGCUGUGCAUAGCAUAAAUAAAGACAUAGGAAUAUUUAUAUUUUCACAUAAAUUUAAUUUUAUGCGGGUGGCAGAGACUGGUGUAGUAAUAAGCUGUGAGGUAAAACCCAAAUGUAAGUUUUUUAUGGUGGAAUGGGCAAAUGAUAUUUUAUACAUUUCACUGACAGAAAUGGCAAUAGAAAAUAGAGCAAAUAAAGAAGUUAUAGAAACCUUCCAUGAGAUAUUUAGAAGGCCUAGAAGUACUAUAAAGAUAAUAGCUGGGCUAAAGUCUCGCGCUAAGUCUGUGCUACUAGAGAAUAUAACAGAAGAAGAGGCAAGGAAGGAUUUGAAUAAAUUAAAUAAAUAAAAUGUGUA